GGGGAUGGCGGCGGUCUCCACAGGAGCGGCCUCCGCCGUGGCAUCCGCGGCGUCUUAGGGCCGGUGUCGCUCGGCGCCCUCCCGUCCCACCUCCGUCGUGCAAGUGCGCGCGCCCUGCUCCCCUCGGGGCCUCGGCAGCAUGGGCCGGGAGUCGCGCCACUAUCGAAAACGGUCAGCAUCACGGGGACGCUCUGGAAGUCGAUCUAGAAGUCGUUCGCCCUCGGACAAAAGAAGUAAACGUGGAGAUGACAGACGGUCUAGAAGCAGAGAUAGAGAUAGAAGGAGAGAAAGGUCUCGGAGCAGGGAUAAACGAAGAUCUCGGUCGAGGGACAGGAAGCGUCUGAGGCGUUCCAGAAGUAGAGAGAGAGACCGAAGCCGAGAAAGAAGAAGAUCUAGAAGCCGAGAUAGGAGACGGUCAAGGAGCAGAAGCCGGGGUCGGCGAUCCCGGUCCUCCAGUCCUGGCAAUAAAAGCAAGAAAGCUGAGAACAGAUUAUUUUUUCAUGUCUUUUUCUCUGUGUUCUUUUCCUUCCCCAAGAAUUUUGACCAGAAUAAGCUGGAAGAAGAAAUGAGAAAGCGAAAGGAAAGAGUUGAAAAGUGGAGAGAAGAACAGCGGAAAAAGGCCAUGGAAAACAUUGGGGAACUUAAAAAGGAGAUUGAAGAGAUGAAACAAGGGAAAAAGUGGAGUUUAGAAGAUGAUGAUGAUGAUGAAGAUGAUCCUGCUGAAGCUGAAAAGGAAGGCGCAGAGAUGGAGGAUGAGGAGUUAGAUCCACUAGAUGCUUACAUGGAAGAAGUGAAAGAGGAAGUAAAGAAGUUCAACAUGAGAAGUGUGAAAGGUGGCGGGGGGAACGAAAAGAAGUCUGGGCCAACAGUUACAAAAGUAGUCACUGUUGUAACAACCAAAAAAGCAGUUGCAGAUUCAGAUAAGAAGAAAGGCGAGCUGAUGGAGAAUGACCAGGACGCCAUGGAGUAUUCUUCCGAAGAGGAAGAAGUUGAUCUUCAGACCGCCCUUACAGGAUAUCAGACAAAACAGAGAAAACUUCUGGAACCAGUUGAUCAUGGAAAAAUUGAAUAUGAACCAUUCAGGAAAAACUUUUAUGUUGAAGUUCCGGAACUAGCAAAAAUGUCCCAAGAGGAGGUGAAUGUAUUUCGAUUGGAAAUGGAAGGCAUUACAGUUAAAGGAAAAGGUUGCCCCAAACCAAUUAAAUCCUGGGUCCAGUGUGGGAUUUCCAUGAAGAUCUUAAAUUCCCUGAAAAAGCAUGGAUAUGAAAAGCCAACACCAAUUCAGACCCAAGCGAUUCCUGCUAUAAUGUCUGGAAGAGAUUUGAUUGGCAUUGCCAAGACAGGAAGUGGAAAGACCAUUGCUUUUCUCUUGCCCAUGUUCAGACACAUCAUGGAUCAGAGAUCAUUAGAAGAAGGCGAGGGGCCAAUAGCUGUCAUCAUGACUCCAACUCGAGAACUGGCUUUACAGAUUACUAAGGAAUGUAAGAAGUUUUCCAAGACUUUAGGACUUAGAGUGGUCUGUGUUUAUGGAGGAACAGGAAUCAGUGAGCAGAUUGCUGAGCUGAAAAGAGGUGCUGAAAUUAUUGUUUGCACACCUGGUCGAAUGAUUGACAUGCUAGCAGCUAACAGUGGUCGGGUCACGAAUCUUCGAAGAGUGACGUAUGUUGUUUUAGAUGAAGCAGAUAGAAUGUUUGACAUGGGCUUUGAACCACAGGUCAUGCGCAUCGUGGACAAUGUCCGUCCUGAUCGGCAGACAGUUAUGUUUUCAGCUACUUUUCCCAGGGCUAUGGAGGCCUUGGCCCGCAGAAUCCUUAGUAAACCCAUUGAAGUACAGGUUGGGGGUCGAAGCGUGGUUUGCUCGGAUGUGGAGCAGCAAGUGGUAUGCAUCAAUUUCAGUGGCCAGAUGCACUGGAUGUGUGAAGAAAUGAAAGAUCCUAACAGCCAUGUCUCUAAUUUACUCACAGGGAUCGAUCAGUAUGACAGAGAUAGCAUAAUAAAUGACUUUAAGAAUGGAACCUGCAAGCUUCUCGUAGCCACCUCUGUUGCUGCCCGAGGUCUGGAUGUGAAACAUCUCAUUCUUGUGGUCAAUUACAGUUGCCCCAACCAUUAUGAGGAUUACGUGCACAGAGCAGGACGGACUGGGAGAGCAGGCAACAAAGGCUAUGCAUAUACUUUUAUCACAGAAGACCAAGCUCGCUAUGCUGGUGACAUAAUUAAAGCUCUUGAACUAUCUGGGACUGCAGUGCCUCCUGAUCUAGAGAAACUUUGGAGUGAUUUCAAAGAUCAACAGAAAGCUGAAGGAAAAAUAAUUAAAAAGAGUAGUGGGUUCUCUGGUAAGGGAUUCAAGUUUGAUGAAACAGAACAAGCUUUGGCGAAUGAGAGGAAGAAGUUGCAGAAGGCAGCUCUUGGUCUGCAGGAUUCAGAUGAUGAGGAUGCUGCGGUUGAUAUUGAUGAACAAAUUGAAAGCAUGUUUAAUUCAAAGAAGAGAGUGAAAGAUAUGGCUGCUCCUGGAACAUCCAGUGUUCCUGCUCCAACUGCAGGAAAUGCUGAGAAAUUGGAAAUCGCUAAGAGACUGGCUCUUAGAAUCAAUGCUCAGAAGAAUUUGGGCAUCGAGUCUCAGGAUGUGAUGCAGCAGGCCACCAAUGCGAUCCUGAGAGGUGGCACCAUCCUGGCUCCUACUGUGUCCGCCAAAACCAUUGCAGAGCAACUUGCCGAGAAGAUCAAUGCCAAGCUCAAUUAUGUGCCUUUAGAGAAACAAGAAGAAGAACGGCAGGAUGGAGGACAGAAUGAAUCUUUCAAGAGAUAUGAGGAAGAAUUAGAGAUCAAUGACUUCCCACAGACGGCUCGGUGGAAAGUUACCUCCAAGGAAGCUCUACAGAGAAUCAGUGAAUAUUCUGAAGCUGCAAUCACAAUCCGAGGCACAUACUUCCCUCCUGGCAAGGAGCCCAAGGAAGGAGAGCGGAAAAUUUACCUGGCAAUUGAAAGUGCCAAUGAACUGGCUGUGCAGAAAGCAAAGGCAGAAAUCACCAGGCUCAUAAAAGAAGAACUGAUCCGACUGCAAAAUUCAUACCAACCAACAAAUAAAGGAAGAUACAAAGUCUUAUGAACACCUAGUAAAUACUUUUUACCCAUGCUGUUCUGUGAUACACUCAUGUGGCCGUUGUCUGAAGUUUACAAUAUAUUGUAAAUUAAGACUUUUAAAAUUCUGUCUUGCUGAUUUUUUAAAUACAAGAAACCAGUAUUUGCUAAAGAAAUCUUCUGACAGUAAGUACCCCCAAAUAGUUAUACUAUAUUUAAAUCAGUCUGUCUUCAGAGUUCAAUCAUGUCCUUUAAUGUAAAACUUAAAUACUAAUAUUUUAAACAUCUGGAUAGUAUUCCACUGGUUUAAAAAUGGAUACAUUUAGACUUUGUGUUGAAGGUAAUAAAGUCUGAGUCACUAAGGGGCUACUCCAUUA